AUGACUCCAAUGAACAACGCCAUGAACAACAACGCCAUCUACAACAAUAUGAAUCCAAUGUAUAAUAAUAUGGCAUCUGGACCAAUGGUGGGCAUGGUCAAUGGCAUGGCACCCAACACCAUGAACCCCAACAUGAUGUUGAAUAACCAUCAGAAUUUCCCAAUCAACAACAACAACAUGAUGGCCAACAACUUCAACAACGUCAUGCCUACGAAUAACCAAACGUUUGGUCAUCUAUCGUCGUUCAACGCCAGCUACAACAGCAGUGGACUCAACGGAUGGAACACCGGUCCCGACUACCAACAAGCUGCACAGGAUCAGAAGCAGCUCUAUUCCAUGACCGAGCAGAUUGACCUUUUGGUCAGCAAGGAGCCAGACAAUCACGAAUUCAGGAUGUUGUCGCAGGAGCUAAAGACUGCCAUAUUCCAACCCUACAAUCCAAUGAGAAAUGACUACCUAAAGCAACAGUUUGCCAAACUCACUGCCAAUAAACCAGCCAGUCCGCGAGUGAUGGCUGAGGAUGGCUUUGGCAGUGGCGAGGACUACCGAAGGGACUAUGAUCCAUUCCAGAUACUUUACGGCGCACUUCCACUUCAAUGUAAGACAUGUGCUUUGAGAUUCAAGGACAAUGAACCCAUGAGGAAGCACAUGGAUUGGCAUUGGAGAAUGAACAAGAAAGAGAAGAAGAAGAAGGAGAAGAAGCAAGCAAUGUCGAGGGCAUGGUACAUUGAAGAGGAUGAAUGGAUGCAGUACACCGCUGGUGAGACUGAGGUAUAUCAUGAACAACCAGCAUUACCAUUCCUUAAUAACAGACACAAGAAGGAGGAUGACCAAAAGCCCCUACCCAACAUGGUGGCCGAUGAUGACCAGCCCGAGUGCCCCAUCUGUCGUGAGAAGUUCGACAAGUUCUGGGAUGAGACCAAUGAAGAGUGGAUGUACCUGGCGGUCGAAAUAAACGAGAGGAUGGACAAGAUCACCUACCUGGCCUAA